CACGCCAGGCACCGUGGACGCGAGGCAAAUAUUCGCAAGCCACCCUAGAGACGAGGCCCAGUUCCACCGCUUCGUCCAAAACUACACCCAAGAAGCCCCGUUCGCUCGUAUAAUAAUUCCCGAGGGUUUUCUUCGUCUCCUCCGCGUGGGCGUUAUCGCGGCUUGGGUUCUAGAAGAUCUGGAGGUGAACCCCCUUUCCUUGGCCUCGGCAUCAUCCCUCCCUUCCUACGAAUCCAGUCCACUUUUGCGCCUAACAAAGGCGGCGAUUGCCAACAUGUCUUCGGGAAAUCAAGAUGACAAAUCUAGUUCAGGUGAAAACAAAAGCUCCAAAACUGAAGCAUCAGCUGCCCAGCAGCAGUCAGGACCCAGUACUGCUUCAACACCAACAACUGGGUUCCCCACAAAUUCUUUUGACUUCUCUACUAUGAGUAAUCUGCUUAAUGACCCAACUAUAAAAGAAAUGGCAGAACAAAUAGCAAGGGAUCCUGUUUUUAAUCAGAUGGCUGAACAACUUCAAAAAAGUGUCCAAGGUGCAGGGCAAGAUGGUCUUCCUCAAUUGGAUCCGCAGCAGUAUAUUUCAACCAUGCAACAGGUCAUGCAAAAUCCUCAGUUCAUAACAAUGGCUGAGCGGCUUGGAAAUGCUUUAAUGCAGGAGCCUGCUAUGGCCUCCAUGCUUGAUAGUUUGACUAAUCCAUCUCAUAAAGAACAACUUGAAGAACGACUAGCACACAUGAAGGAUGACCCAACAUUGAAGCCAAUUCUUGAUGAGAUUGAGAAUGGAGGUCCCACUGCAAUGAUGAAGUAUUGGAAUGACCCUGAAGUUCUUCAAAAGCUUGGUCAAGCAAUGGGCAUUGGAUCUUCAGGAGAGGCUGCAACUUCUACUGAGCUUUCUGGACCUGAAGAAGCAGAAGAAGGUGGAUAUGAAGAUGAAUCUGUUGUCCAUCAUAUGGCCAGUAUUGGUGAUGUUGAGGGCUUGAAGAAAGCAUUGGAAGAUGGUGCAGACAAGGAUGAAGAAGACUCUGAGGGAAGAAGAGCUUUGCAUUUUGCAUGUGGUUACGGUGAGGUGAAAUGUGCUCAGUUGUUGCUUGGGGUGGGAGCCACAGUGGAUGCCCUGGACAAAAACAAAAAUACAGCGCUUCAUUAUGCUGCUGGUUAUGGGCGCGAGGAUUGUGUGGCUCUUCUAUUGGAACAUGGUGCAGCUGUUACCCUGCAAAAUUUGGAUGGAAAGACACCAAUUGAUGUUGCCAAGCUGAAUAACCAGGAGGAGGUGCUGAAACUACUGGAGAAGGAUGCAUUCCUAUGAGAAGUUAUACUUCAGCUCUUGUGGGUGAGGGGGUGACAAUUUGCUUCAGAUGGCCUGUCUGGGCAUCCCCUAGUACUACUGCUUUAGGUUUGUUUCUCUUCUUUGCGGGUCGUCAGUUGGGGUCGGUUGAACAAGUGUCAUUUCUGCCAGUAAAUUAUCAACUCUUUUGAUGGAUCAGGGAAUGGACGUUUCAUUGGUGAUCUUAUGCUGUGUUGUCGUAUUGGAUAGUAUUCAUCUCUGGGAGAAGUGAGUCAUGCUUAAUAAUGUGUUUUUUCAAGUUUGUCAGGCUAUUUUGGUAUGCACUUGAGUUCAUGUAACCAAACGCGAUAGGAUGAUGCAUGUGAAGUACGAAUCCUCUCAUAAUACUCAAAGUAAUUUGCAUUUGGUGAAUAAUUCAUACAUUAAUCUAGGUAA